CUUCAUCCACAGCGACGCCGUAAGUAUUUGUUUGAAUAUUUUUAUUCCAUUGAUCUUGAUGUCGUGAAUCUCUGUGUUGCGAUUCGGUUUUCAUAGUUUGGAUUUACGAAAUAAAGUUUUAUUUUGAGUAAACCGAUUCAUUGAGAAGUGGUAGCUGUUCCGCUGGUGGUUGCGAUCGACACCGAGCAGCACUUCGGCGCCCAGUACUUCAAUGACACAUUGCACUUAAGCGUAAGCUGCAAACCCUAGCACAGAAACUAUGUCCGAGGGCGUGGGGUUUUCCUCCUGCCUGUAUUGCGGGUCCGACAACAUCCGCGUCGACUACACCGAGGGGCUGGUGGUCUGCCGGUCCUGCGGUCUCGUUCUUCAGAACAAGAUCGUCACCGACGCAGCGGAGUGGCGGUCGUUCAAGGACGAGCCGGAAAAGAACCAGCGCGCGGCCAAGGUGAAAAUGAAUCCCUACCUGUCGCACGGGUCCCAGAUCCAGACGCAGAUGAUGGGUAGCAUGGGGUCCGCCGUGGGCAAGGCACUGUACGCCGCGAGCCAAAACGCGUCCACCCUGAUGGACCAGCAGGACCAGGCGCUCGGCAAGAUUUUUAAGCACUUGCGGAAGUUCCUCGUGAACACGCUGAAACGGGACGAAAGGAGCCUGGACGAGUGCAUGCGCAUUGUCCACAGUCUCUACACCGGGGCCGAGGAGGGCGUGAGCGGCAACAACUUGGGUGCAGGGGUCGGGAUCAGUACUACUUCUGGAGCGGGUGGAGGCUCGAGCUCCAGCACGUCGAUGUUCUUGAAUCAGCCAGGAAACCAGCCGCCAAAAACGAUUUUCCGCACGCGAGGCUUCACGGAUGCGGAUCUGAUUUUCAUCCUGUGUGCCGCACAAGCGCGGUUGCAGGAGCCGGUGGGAAUCAAGCAGAUCGUCAAUUUUCUGCACGAGCGAAAUUUGACCUUCGGUGUCGAGCAGAAGGACAUUGAGGCCGCGCACAAGAAGUUCGAGAAGGCGGCGCCGGAGUUGCUACGGGAAAUCGCGGCGGGAACAAGUGCAGCUGGAAGUCAACUUCUGAUCGGAAAUAUGAAAACCAACGAAGACCCGCGGGAGUUGAUUGCCAAAUAUGUCCGCGCAACCACUGGCGGAGCGAGCAGUACGUCCCUGCAGGACGAGGCGGAGUUGGCUUUUCGGGCGCUGCAAAGCUUUUUGCAGAAUCAAAAGCAACGGAGCCACGGGAAGCAAACAGUCACUGACCACUUACACCAGUACCGCUUCUCCGUCCCCGCUUUAGCCGCAGUCGCCCAGAACGAUGCUGCCGGCUGUGCGGCGAGCGUAUUCCUGGUCGCGGUGUUAGCGAGGGUGGUGCAAUUGAAAACGAAAACAUCAGGAGCCGUUUCUUCGUCUGCUGCUCAACAUCUUCUUUAUCAGCAGGACAGUACUGGAGGCAUUUUUCCCAACAGUAAGAGACGCAAACUCGACGAGCCGGGCGCGUUUGAACAACUGCAACAUUUGUUCCCAGAUAUUGACAUGGAGCAGCAACCCGCGAUACACACCGCGUUGCGGAUCUAUUUGACGCCCUGCGAGGAGAAUUUGCAACAGUUUAAGCCGAAGGGGCGGCCCCUACUGUGCCACGCCCUGAGCACGGGGUUUCAGCAGCAGAGCGUGCAGAACUUUGCGGCGGAAGAGGGGGAUAACUUGCGGAAAAUCUUGAAACGUUUGUUUCCCGUGGAGGAGUGGAGGAUCGGGCUCAGGGACGAUCAACAACCAGGAGGAGAAAUUUCCGCGCCCAGAAGGGAGACCACAACAGGCGGAACUGGAAGAGGACCGGGCGGGCCGCAGCCUAUGCAGGUUGGAUGAAGCUGGUACAACUCACGAAAUAAAGUUUCAAAAGCAAAUAUAACUGUGCCGAAUCGUCAAAGCAUAAGAGCACGAUUUACGUCGCACAGUGACUUUCCCCGUAAGUAGUUUCGCACUCCUAUCAAUCACAUACAUAUCCUUGUUUGUGAUUGUGCUGCUUUUUGAUGGUUGCCAGCAGAUAUAAACCACAAUCUGGCGUCCUCCAUUGUGUCUGUG